AUGGAGAGGCGCGACGCGAGAGAACCAGACUUCCCGAGCUCCUCUCUCGGUUCCCUCGCGCUUGCACCACCGCCACCAAGCUCCUCCUCCUCCCCCCGCCCCCCCCGCCCCGCCACCGCCACCGCCGUCACCCCCCGACAACCUCCACCUGCUCUACCCCUUCCUCGCCUCCUCCUCCUCGCUCCAACCUCUUGUCUUGCCUUCCCAGAGCCCCCCGCCGCGAGUGCGCUUCGUCACCAAAGUCCACGCCCUCCGCGACCUCCACCUCCCGCUCCUCUCCCAGUGGUUCGAGUCCCACCCUCCCCGCCCUGUGCGGUCGUCUCCGACUUCUUUCUCGGGUGGACCCACCGCUUCGUCCGCGCCGCGGCGUCCCGCAUGUCGUCUUCACGCCGUCCGGCGCGUUCGGGCUCUCCGUCACCUUUGCCGUGUGGCGGGACCUCCUCCGGCCCGACGAGGAGUCGAUGGUCUCGUUCGCGAAGCUGCCAGACUGCCCUCGCUUCCCGAAAUUGCGAAGCUGCUGACCCCCGCCAAGCUCGCACCCGAGCGCCGACGCUGCCUCCGUUCAAUCUCGCCCUUCCACCUGCUACUAUUGCCUCGCUGACGCCUCUAACCCGUAGAUCUCACCGCGCGUUGUUUCCCAAGCUCCCCUACUGCCGAUCUACCGCCGCCCCCCCUUCGCGAAGCUGCCGCUACCUCGCUGCUCCACCAGAGCACUCCCGCUCCGCUAAGCCGAGCACUCCGCCGCCGAGGUUGCCCUCAACUCCCUCUCCUCCCGUGGCCCUUCUCACUCCCUCGCCGCUCGUAUCCUGGUGA